UAUUGUCGCUUUACAAUAAAACAAUAACAAUCAUCAACCGAAAUCUGGCAGAACAUGCUACGGCCGAAACUACUAUGUGACACCAAACAAAGCUAAAAUGUGUUUUUUCAUUCAUUCUUGGUGACGAAAAUCAUGGAUUUAUACCUGUACCGCAUAGUCACAUUGUUGGUUUUCAUGGCUGCAAAUUCACCAAGUCUUGUCGAGUCGAUGUUUUACAAGUCUAUUGUGUGGAGUCCACAGAACCCGAUUUUCUCUGGAACUGCCAUCAAAUGCGUGAUUCCUAAAUCCAAGAUGACAAUCGUGUGCCCCACACAGGCCCUGGUCGUGCAAGACUCCCCCUUGAUUCCACCAAAAGAACAGCUGUACGAGAACAUCUGGUUGGUAAACAGGGGGAGUUACGACAGCUGUAAUAUUAGUACUGCUGAUAGCGAAAAGAGGCUGUUAUUGCGAUGCGACACCCCCCUGGUUCUCAAGUGGUACACGCUGAUAUUUCAAGAGCAGAGCGCCACGGCUCAAGGCUUAGAGUUUGUUCCCGAAAGGGAGUACUACUUCAUCGCUACCUCCACUGGCGACAAAAGCUCACUGGACAGUACUGCGGGUGGCCGCUGUUCAAGCUCAAGAAUGCGACUGCAGAUUCACAUUUGCAGGGAUGUUGAUGAUAUUCAUUGCAAGAGCGAAGCGCAAUGUCAAGCGUUGUUGAACAAGGAAGAAAGCACCGUCGCUCCAGCAACAACGACUCAAUACCAUCCUACAGACGACAACUUUACUGAAGGAUACUCAAGCAAUAACUUAACCAGCACUCCGGCCCCAUGUAUCGGUAAACCAGAUUCUCAUGGCCGUCGAGACUUUUUCACAGAAAUGAAGUACCAGUUUGCGGUUGGCUUCCUCACCGCUGUCUGUCUUGUUUUCAUAGUAAGCACUGCUUACCUUGGAUACCGGUUAUACCGGAAAACAAAAGAGACUCCUCGAAUGUGUUCAGAGAAUGGCCGCUUCUCAAUGCGUGCGUCAACCAGAACUACAAGCGAAGGCGCUGACUCUAUCGAUGGUGCAGAGCACGAGUUACUUCGGGAUAGCUCACAUUGCUAAAAUGGGCUGCUUUAUUAUGAGGUUUUGCGCUUCCCUUCCCUAUAAAGGCUGAACAUGGAUACUUUAAAACAGUUUAACUUUAAGUUACUAAGAAAGUAUGAAAAAAAAUUUAUGUACAUAAAAAAUCAAAGAUGCAAGUCACCAGCAUUUUCUAGAACACUGAAUAUCACUGAUUAUUUAAAAUAACAUUUCUAUGUGUGGAGAUACCUUUUUAGGAGUUGUUUAUUACUUUUAUACACGUUAUGAAGUUUUGGAAUACAUUUUAUAACGUUUACAUGCUGAGAGAGACCCCAAAUAUACACAGUUUUUUUUAAUGACACAUAAUGGUUUACUAGAGUGCUUGUGAGAAAAGCAAAUGCAUGACAGUUAAACAAGAUAGAAUUUUCAAAUAAAUAAGCUGGUUAGUUGAAAAA